AAACGUUCGGCGGUUUGUUUACUGUUUCUAAUUUUGUCCCGCCCUACCCCACAGACGGCAGUGGGUGUGAGGUGGUUGUGAGCAAAAAAGGAAAAAAAACCAAAAAAAGCUGCAAGCUCUAGGCCCCAGCUGUCCUCGUUUUAAUUUCGGUCUCGGCCCAGCGCACACGCACCAGCACGCCAAACGGGAGAGGAGAGUUAUUUUUCGCAAUGAACAACAACAUUAACGGAACGGUGGACGGACAAACGGUGGUCGAAUAUUCUACCGUAGAUAGUUCCGUGAAGGAGCUGAUCGAGGCGGCUAUUCAGGUGCGCAACAAUGCCUACUGCCCGUACAGCAACUUUCCCGUCGGGGCGGCGCUACGCACCACCACGGGCGAGAUCGUGACCGGCUGCAACGUGGAGAAUGGCACGUUCGGGCCGUCCGUGUGCGCCGAGCGGACGGCCGUUUGUAAAGCGAUCAGCGAAGGACAUCGGGAGUUUACCGCCGUCGCUGUGGCGGCUUAUCAGGAGAAUGAAUUUACGGCCCCCUGCGGUACCUGCCGUCAGACACUGGCGGAAUUCAGCGCCAAAGAUAUCCCCAUCUAUCUAGUCAAGCCUGCGCCGGUAAGGGUCAUGAUAACGUCGCUGUUCAAACUGCUGCCACACGCCUUUUCGCCCACCUUCCUGAACAACAAGUAAAGAAAAGAGAAGAAAACGUUUGGGGGCGCAACCCGGGGACGCACAAAACAUGUAACUUAACCUAACCACGUUGUUGUGCCCCCCCCCCCCUUCCCACGUUAUCUGCACCAUCAGGAAGCUAUCUUAUCCGAUCCCGACCACCACCCACCGCCUAUUUCUCUCGCGCACACACACACACAUGGUGCCGACACAACUGCCGAUGUAAUACACAUGCUGUGUUUUUGUGAGACAAGCUUA